AUGCCGUUGCUUGGUCGAGAAAAGGGCCGCAGUCAGAGAUCUCGCAGGUCAGAUGAUGAGUUUGUGGUGUUCCUUCAAGGAAUCCCAGCCCACUGCCGCUGGCAGGAAUUGAAGGAUCUAGUCCGGCAGACGGCCCUACAUAUCCGACAGGCCGUAGUAUACGAUGACAGUCACGGGUUCCCGACGGGACUGGGACAGAUUAUUGUCAAGAACGAGGAUGAAGCAUGGCGCACCUAUCAUCGGCUCUCAACCAAUGGUUGGGAAGGUCAGAGCCUUGUGGUGACGCUGGCCCGAACCAGCGCGCCGACAAAGCCUAUCGCUGGACCUACAAGAAGUCCCCCGGCCAUGAUGCAAGGCUAUAUGUCGGGCCUAUCCACUCCGCCUCGAUCUCAAGGCAAUAUGAACAUGCCUCCAUCACCCAUAUCACCUGAAGCCGUCCACCCAACCAGUCCCACCUAUCCAUACCCAGAAUAUACCCCUAUGAUGGGCCCGAUGACCAUACCUCCUCAACCCUUCAUUCCCAUGAUGCCAGACCCAAUGCAGUGUUUCCCACCAUCACCCAUGAUGCACGGUUCGAUGUACGACGCCCAGGCUUGGAACAUGAUGCCUAUGUAUCCGAUCUCACCCAUCCAGCCAGUCCAUGAUCACGGAACCGAUGGCUUCCCGCGGUAUCACCCGCGUAAGCCAUGGGCACACCACUUGCAUUCAAGUUCUCCCUCUCCAGAUAUGACUCCCCGGGCAGUCUACAUCCAGAACCUGAACUCCGCCACCACAACUGCCGACCUGAAGAGCCUCCUUCAAGGCGCAGGCAGCGUGGAGCAGUGCAACGUAACCGUGACCUCGGAGGCCCACGACAACGAAGCCCAAACCCACGGCUCGGCCAUCAUGCACAGUGCGGAAGAGGCCGAGCGCGCGGUCACCAUGCUCAACGGGAUGACGUUCAUGGGCUCCCGGAUCCGGGUCAAGAUGGACCGGCGCCUCAAUAUGAUGCGCAGCGGAAGUUGGGACGGCGCGAUGGCCAUGCAAGAAGAGUAUGACCCGACUGAGCCGGCUGCGAGUGAAAAGGGCUCCGAGUGCAGUGGCUGCGGGCAAGAUAUUCCCGCCAAGAGAGCCGCAGAUCCCAAUCGUCCACUGGUAGUGGACGGAUCGGGGAUGCAGAAAAAGUCAUUAGAGUUGUUGUCGACGUCCGCGCCGACAUGA